AGCGUGAUGACGUCACUGAUGGUCUGACAGCACUUCCUGGAGUGAUGUUUGUUGUGGGAAAUACCAACCGUGCUACUCGCCUGAGACUGGGCCCACGUUAACGGAACAAGAACGGACUAGUAACGGUUGCUCUACGUCUGGAGCAUGUGGCGGCUUUUUGACGGCGCCAUAUAAUCCAGAGGAACCGGGCCCAGGGACCAGGACCACGACGAGGAGGCGGAGUGUGGGGGGGACAUUGUCGGACAGCGGAGUAGCAGAACCCCGUCGACGGACAGACAGACAGCACGGAGCUGUCGCGAUGCGGUAGCUAAAACAUGGACAGCAGAAUCAAGGACAACCCAGAGAGAACUUUUGAUCUGGUCUUGCAAGUGACAUCUCCAGCAUCUAAAAAUGAGGAUCCAACCGUGCUGUGGAGCUUCCCCCAGGACCACACCGACCAGGAGCUUCUUCACACGGUACCAAAGUUCUGCUUUCCCUUUGACACGGAAAGGUUGUCCCAGAGCCACGUUGGACAGAACUUCACCUUUGUGCUGACCGAUAUCGACGGAAAGCAGAGGUUUGGGUUCUGUCGACUCACUCAAGGUUGCAGAGUCUGCAUAUGUCUGUUAAGUUAUCUUCCAUGGUUUGAGAUCUACUACAAGCUGCUGAACACCCUUGCAGACUACUUAUCCAGACAACAGGAUAAUGACUUGAAUGACAUGCUGAACUCUCUGUACGAUCUGCCGGUGCCAAAGCCCUUCACGCCAGUCAACCUGAGUGUGAAUAAGCAGUUGUAUAUUGCCACUGGGCAAGUACUGAGAGAUCAGCGAAGAAGCAAGGAGCCGCACUCCUACUUCAUCGCCCCGGAUAUCAAUGGACUGCCAACUAUCCCAGAGAGUAGAAACCUGACAGAGUACUUUGUGGCUGUGGAUGUCAACAACAUGCUCCAGCUCUACGCCAGUAUGCUGCACGAGCGGCGUGUCAUCAUUACCUCAAGCAAGCUGAGCACUUUAACUGCAUGUGUCCACGGUGCAGCUGCUUUGCUCUUUCCAAUGUACUGGCAGCAUAUCUUCAUCCCUGUGCUGCCCCCGCAUCUUCUGGACUACUGCUGUGCCCCCAUGCCAUACUUUGUGGGAGUUCAUCUUAGUCUGCUGGAGAGAGUACGCAGUCGAUCUCUGGAGGAUGUGGUCAUCCUGAAUGUGGACACCAACACACUGGAGAGUCCCUUUGACGAUCUGCACAACCUUCCCAGUGACGUGGUGUCCUCAUUGAAGAGCAAGCUUAAGAAGCAAUCCACGGCAACAGGAAGUGGCGUGGCAAGGGCCUUCCUGAGAGCGCAGGCCGCUCUGUUUGGAUCCUACCGGGACGCCCUUCGAUAUAAGCCUGGGGAGCCAAUAACAUUCUGCGAGGAGAGCUUUGUCAACCAUCGUUCGAGCACCAUGAGGAACUUUUUGUCCAUGGCUGUCAACCUGCAGCUUUUUAAGCAGUUCAUCGAUGGACGGCUGGCCAAAUUGAACGCAGGCCGCGGCUUCACUGACGUGUUUGAAGAAGAGAUCACAGAGGGGGGCUUCUGCGGAAGUAACUCAAGGUCCUACCAGCAGUGGAUGUACACUGUAAAGAGAGGAGGAGCGCUUAUCAAUACAGCAGUGACUAAGGCCAAAAGUCACGCCAAGCGGGGCAUCCGGGAUAUAAAAGGCCGCUUGAAAGCACGGGAAGGAGAAGAAGAGGGGAUAACGGUCUGUGCAGGGUCCCCCACGAGCACCAAGAGCCUGUCUCCAAGGCGACUACAGAGGAUGAGACGGCAGCAUAACUUCAACAAGUCUCCCGUGAGCGCGGGCCCGCGAGAUCUCGGCUUCGGGGUUGUUGAUGAUGAUGAGCUGGACAGUGCGAGCAAGAUUUCAUCAGAAGACAGCGGAGAUGUCCCCUCAUACACGGAAGACAGCGAUGACUCCUACUCUCUGGAUCUGGACAUCGACUCCUCGCACUCGGGGAAGAUGAACCUGCUUGAGGAGAUCCUGGACUCUCUGAGCACCACCACCAUGGAGCAGGGCAAGCUCAGCGCUGCCAAAAGUCUGGACUUCUUCAGGUCUAUGGAGGAUCUAGACUACCAGGCCCCGAGCAAACCGAGCCCUUCUGGCACCUGCCACCCCUCCAGUGAGAUGGCUGGUGAAGCCGGGGGAGAACAGGGGGGUUGGAACAUGGGUCAGGAUGACAGUGCAGUCCACGGGAAACACCUUCCACCGUCCCCACGUCGACAACCCAACAAGAGCAGCCUGAAGGUCUCCAAGAAGCCCCCCGUGCAUGUGACAGAUGAGCAGCUCGGCCCCCAUCCUCUACCUCCAGGGAGACAACCGGGAGACCGCUUCUCCUAUUCACCUUCAACGUCUCACAGAAUUCCACUCACGCCACCAUCUCCAAAUUCCUCUUACAUUUCUUCUUCUUCCAAUCACUCUCCACUGCCGAUGGUCCGUGUUCGGACCAUUUCAGAGCCCCAAACCAGCACCGAGCCCCCCCAAGCCCAGAACCCGCCAGGCUCCACUGGCAUCCUGAGGAGGAAGGUGCUCUCCAAGGAGACGGUGAGGAACUACAAGCAAAAGUCUCUACAGAGGCAGGCCAGCAAGGAGAGUCGGAUCAGGAAUUCUAUGCAGGUUCCCUGGGAGAAGGAUUAUACGGAGCGGGUCCCAGGUCACGCUCACGGUAAAGUCCUUGGGGCUACGGUGCAGGAUGGAGGUCUCCUGGAGGAGAUCGAGUCCAUGUGUUGUGUCGGGCCGGUCCUCCACAGCGGCCUGCAGCUGUCACAGGUUCACUGCAACAACCACAGCGAAGCCACAGAGCAGUCUUAACCUAGUUCUACCCACCUGCCACCCGUCUAUGUGGACACUUUCUAUGUCAGCACCAAACCACCAGGAAGCGGAAGAAACGUGAUGCCAUGGAGGGUCGAAAACAGGAAAAACUUGUAGAGUAGAACAAAGUCAUCACUUGUGGACAAGAAGGUGAUGUAUGGACGAAAGUAUUGGGACACACAUUUACAUAAAGACCAAGAUAAUACAGUGUUUCCCACAGGACUGCAAUCUAUUAGUGGCCAGCUCUUGGUUGGGGGUUGUUUUUUUUAUGUCAUAUCCCUCCUCCUACAUUUUCUUCUUCUCUGGCAGACCCGGUAAGUUGUAAUGUAUAGUGAAGCCGAAAAAGGAGCACUCAAAUGUAUCUAUGGCAGUCCACAGAUACAUUUGAGCAUUUGUGGCGGGCCCACCACAAAUACAUGUGGACCGCCAAAGAUAAAUUUGAGCGUUUGUGGCAGGCCACCAUGCGGAGUGGACCUGCGACAAAUACAUGUGGACCACCACAGAUACAUUUGAGUAUUUGUGGUGAGCCCAUUCCACAUGGUGGCCCGCCACAAAUACAUGUGGACCACCACAGAUACAUUUGAGUAUUUGUGACGGGCCACCAUAUGGAGUGGGCCCGCCACAAAUGCAUGUGGACCGCCACAGAUAGAUUUGAGCAUUUGUGACGGGCCACCAUGCAGAGCAGGCCCACCACAAAUACAUGUGGACCGCCAAAGAUAAAUUUGAGCAUUUGUGUCAGCCCACUCCACAUGAUGGCCCGCCACAAAUACAUGUGAACCGUCACAUCAACCACAAAUACAUGUGGUUAUAAUGUUAUAAUCUGUGGUGGUCCACAUGUGGAGUGGGCCCACCACAAAUACAUGUGGACCGCCACAGAUAGAUUUGAGCAUUUGUGGCGGGCCACCAUGCAAAGCGGGCCCACCACAAAUACAUGUGACCGCCAAAGAUAAAUUUGAGCAUUUGUGGUGGGCCACCAUGCGGAGUGGACCUGCGACAAAUACAUGUGGACCACCACAGAUACAUUGGAGUAUUUGUGGCGGGCCCACUCCAUAUGGUGGCCCGCCACAAAUACAUGUGGUUGUAAUGUAUAAUGAAGCCGAACAAGGAGCUCUCAAAUGUAUCUGUGGCGGGCCACCAUGUGGAGUGGGCCCGCCACAAAUACAUGUGGACCGCCACAGACACAUUUGAGUAUUUGUGGCAGGCCCACUCCACAUGGUGGCCCGCCACAUCAACCACAAAUACAUGUGGUUGUAACGUAUAAUGAAACAGGGAGCACUCAAAUGUAUCUGUGGCGGGCCACCAUGUGGAGUGGGCCCGCCACAAAUACAUGUGGACCGCCACAGAUACUUUUGAGCGCUCGUUGUUGGGAGAAGGAUUAUACAGAGGGGGUUCCUUCACACCAAACAUCAUCCAAGCCUCCCUUGUGGUUGCGCACUCGGAGCAGAACGGAGACAUAUUAGUUCAUGUGGAAGUGGGAAGUGUGACCUAAGACUUUUGUCCAUUUGUUUCAUUUCAUCGCCAUUGGACCACAUUUCACUGGAUAAAUUGCACUUUUCGACGAACAAGAAAGAUCCUUUUGUCCAAAACUAAGAAAAAUAACGUCAGUCCCGAUGAGCCUUUGAUGCUAAUUGUACACUGUGUAAAAUAUCUAUGCCUUACUAUUCAUAGCCCUGCUAGCAGGUGUUGUCCAAUGGAAGGUGCGGGAUACUUGGUGUUGGAUUUAUAAUGUGCUGUAAGCUGCUGGUCAACGUUGCAUUCCAGAUGUGCAUGUACAGACCUCCAUUCUCCAUCUUCUUCUUCUUCUUCAGCUUCCGGUCGCACACUGAUGAUGAUAGCGUGUAUGAUUGUAACGACGCAACUGAGGCCGUACGAGUGACGUCUACAGUCUGAUUCUCCCAUGGAGAGAAACACUGCGUGCAAAAGGUUAAAAAAAAAAAAAAAAAAAUCUUUCCAUGCGCUCAGGUUGGUGUUAUUCCCGCGAUUGUUCUCCUGAUUUAGACCAGACGCCAGUCGGCCUGGCAGCCAUGCCCAUUAAUGCUUCGCUCAUAAAGUGGCUGGCGGGCAUCGAAAAGAGCAGACUUGAGUCGUUUUAACUCCAAAAAAGGACAACUCCAGACCCGACCGACACGAAGUGACUAUGCAAACGUUUUCCAACUCAAAAGCUACUACUUGAAAAAAACAUUAGCAAUCAGCGUAGUUUCCAAUGGGAAUAAGCCACAUGUCAGGUGUGUUGUGUGUCUUCACCAGUGUGUGGUGUGCCUUAUAUGAUAAGAGUAUCACCCUGGUACAGUAUUAAGUACAUUGCCCCUUUUCCACCAGUCACUUCCUGUUAGCCGUACCAUGCUUCCUGGAACGAAAAGCUUGCGUUUGCACAGCUCAAAGCGAACAAUCCAAUAUAAUCAGGACUACGGUUUUAUUUCUGGCAUAACCGUACAACUGGUCGUAGCAAAAAAAAUAGCAAAAAGUGAGUAAAAAAAUGUCAAGAACAAAAUGAACCUGCUUCUUCUGACACCCGCUGCUCGUUGAGAAGAGCAAUUUGUGUUUUCACGGUUUUUGUUUGUAGUCCUCACUAAAAACAGUUAUCCCUCGUUUAUCACGGUUACUGUGAUAAGUGAAUUUUCAAAGUAGGAUCCCCUUUUUAAUAAAUGAAAUAUUUCUGCAAUUUGAGCAAACAUUUCUGCAUAAACAUUUCUACCAAGGUAGCAUAAUAAAAGUAGCAUAGCAUAAUAUUAGCAGGUAAGGCAUUCCACAGUAUUGGAGCCAGAAUAGGAAAGACCCAAGAGCAUGCAUACUUCUUUCUGGCAUAACACUGAAAACUAAUCUUAUGUAAUCUUGUCAAUUUUAAACAGGAGAGGGCUAAGCAUUGAUCCUUGUGGUGCUCCGCAAUCGAAACCACAGUACUCAGAGGUCACAUUAUCAUAAACACGAUGUGUCCGAUCCAGGAGAUAACAUCUAAGCCAACAAAAUAUCAGUCCAGUAGCACCAGUAUGCAUUUGAAGGUAUUCCAGUAAGAUAUUUUCAAGGAUUUUCAAAAUAAAAGCCAGUUGUUCCAGAGAUGAAGUGACGAACAAUUACUGAUAUCUAGUGGCCGAUAUAGAAUACUACAUUCAUUUGUAUUUUAGUUAAUCUUCAGUAUGCAAAUGUUUUAAACAAUAGGUCGUAUUAACUGAGAUUUAUGAAUUAAUAUAUUUUUGAAAAAUCUUGAUACAUCGAAGCCGCGAAAUUCUAAGCUUAAUGUGGCCAGGGACGACUGUAGAGCAUAGCAACAAAGACCAGGUGCGAUAAAAUGUCUUUGAGUCAAAUGUACAAAU